AUGGCUGAAAGAGAAUCAAGACUGAACAGCAAAUAUCCUUUGAUGAUCUUCAUUGUCGGAGUACCAGGGUCGUUCGCGCGCGAAAUCGGGCAACAGAUCGCGUACGAGUACGGCUUCUUCUUCAUCGGAAUUUCUCAGCGGUUCAAAGUGGCACAGGAGGAGCAAACAGAUGCACGGUUUCUUCUCGGCCAUAACGGCAACAACAAUAACAACAAUAACAAGCGCCGCCUCAGGUACACCACCCUGCCAUACGUCGGGUCCUGGCGCCUGGACCAGAAAGUGGGCACUUUCCUCAGAGAGACAAAACACCUGCAGAACCGCGCGUGCCUAGUGAUCGAGGGCUAUCCGCGACACACGCGACACAUCCCGGACUUCUGGCGUGCGGCCCAACGUCUAUUCGUCUACUGCGAGUGCCCCAAGCCGGCGGCGGAGAUGCGGGCCGUGGGCUCUCCUCUAGACUGGGACAGCAGCGCGCCAGCCGAUCGCAGGGAGAGGGAAGAAACGGGGUGGAACGAAGGCGACGUGGGGAGCAGGUACUGGAACGCCAAACACAGCUUCGACGAGGACUGGGGGUUCUUUGAGACGCGCCUCACCUCCCUGCUCGGCCCCUUUAUGAACAACAACAACAUUGUCGGUGGGAGCGAUAGCUGGAGGGCCGUCUGGCGAAACCUGCUCCGCGAGAGCUUCACACCCGGCAAGGUCGUCGCCGUGCGCACGGGCGAAGGAGACUUUGACGACUGCUGGAUCCGCGCAAAAGAAGCUCUGGAGAACAGUAUCGAGUUCCGCACCCUGCUCAGCGAGAUCGAGCAGGAUUUCGAGACCAUAGCUGACGAGAACAGCGUCGAGGAAGCAGAUCAAGAAUAG